GCAGAGCUACUGAGCAUGCUCAGUGCCCUUAAAGUUCCCCUAAGUAGCGCAAGCGCACAGGCAACACACUACCGGAAGUGGAGGUCAUGUGACACAGGGCGGUACAGCCCUGGCGGAAGCGCCAGUACCCGUGCCCCGCAGCUGAAGCUGAGACUCGGAGUGUGUGCUGGUGACUCUACCCCUGAAGUUGCCUCUAUGGAUCCUGCUGCUGUCUCACCCAGCAUGAGCUGCUGCUGUGCCUGGCUUCUUGUGCUGCUGGGGACGACUCUGCUUGGGGCAGCUCACAGACUGGGGCUGAUCUACCAGCUCUGGCAUAAGGCAGACCCGAAGAGUACCCGGCAUGGUGGGGAGCUUGUUGCAGAGGUCCUGAAGGCCCAUGGGGUGCGCUACUUGUUCACACUAGUAGGAGGCCAUAUUUCACCUAUUCUGGUGGCCACUGAGAAGCUGGGCAUCCGUGUGGUGGACACGAGACACGAGGCCACCGCUGUGUUUGCUGCCGAUGCAGUCGCCAGGCUCUCAGGGACAGUUGGAGUUGCUGCAGUAACAGCAGGACCUGGGGUAACCAACACUGUGACAGCUGUGAAGAAUGCCCAGAUGGCAGAGUCCCCGGUGUUGCUGAUUGGCGGGGCAGCUGCGACACUGCAGAAGGACCGGGGUGCUCUCCAAGACAUCGACCAGCUGUGCCUCUUCAGGCCACUCUGCAAGUUCUGUGCGUCGGUGAGGACCGUGCGGGACAUUGUCCCCACACUGCGAAAGGCCAUCGUGGCAGCGCAGUCCGGCACUCCAGGCCCUGUGUUUGUGGAGUUCCCAAUUGACGUUCUCUACCCAUACCACUUGGUGGAGAAGGAGCUGGGCUUCAAAGGGACCUCCAGUGGGCUGCUGGGUGGCAUCAUCAACUGGUACCUGUGCAACCACCUCAGGAACCUAUAUGCAGGGGCCUGGGAGACAAGGGAUGUCUCCCCGCUUCUCGUGCAGGUGCCACAGGCCACAACAGAGCAGGUACAGCAGUGCAUGGAGCUCGUCAGCCGUGCCAAGAAGCCUGUCAUGCUCCUGGGUAGCCAGGUGACCCUGCCCCCAACUCCUGUGGAGAAGCUCAGGGAAGCCCUGGAGGCCCUUGGCAUCCCUUGCUUCCUGGGUGGGAUGGCCCGUGGCAUGCUGGGAAGAGACAGUCCACUACACAUCCGCCAAAACCGCCGUGAGGCACUGAAGGCAGCUGAUCUGGUCAUUCUGGCAGGCACAGUGUGUGAUUUCCGUUUAUCCUAUGGUCGAGUGCUGAGUCGGAGAAGCACAAUUAUUGCUAUCAACCGGGACCGUGCCCAGCUGCUGCGCAAUUCAGAUGUCUUCUGGAAGCCUCACGUGGCCAUCCAAGGAGACGCCGGCUCCUUCCUGCUCCGCCUUUCCCAAGGACUCACGGGUUACUCACCACCUCAGGACUGGCCAGCAAGUCUGAAGGAUGGCGACCACAGGAAGGAGAAAGCAAACCGGGAGAAGUCAGAGGAGACAACAGAGCAACACUUGAACCCACUCAAGCUCCUGCACCAUGUAGAUGACUUGCUGCCAGAGAACAGCCUGCUAGUUGUAGACGGGGGCGACUUCGUGGGGAGUGCUGCCUACAUCAUGUGGCCUCGGGGGCCCCUGUGCUGGCUGGACCCGGGAGCUUUCGGCACGCUGGGUGUUGGGGGAGGAUUUGCUCUUGGAGCCAAACUGUGCCGGCCAGACUCCGAGGUCUGGAUCAUCUAUGGAGAUGGCUCCCUUGGCUACAGCAUCAUGGAGUUUGACACCUUUGUCCGUCACAAGACACCCGUCAUCGCACUGGUAGGGAAUGAUGCCUGCUGGAGUCAGAUCUCCCGUGAGCAGGUCCCUUUGCUGGGCAGCAACGUGGCCUGUGGCCUGGCCUAUGUGGAUUACCACUUGGUGGCCGAAGGCUUGGGGGGUAAAGGUUUCCUCCUCAGCCGCCAGAAUGAAGAGCACAUGGACCGAGUCAUCCAAGCAGCCCAGGAGACCUGCAAGGAGGGACACCCCGCUCUGAUCAACGCCCUGAUUGGCAGAACCAGCUUCCGGGAGGGCUCCAUCUCUGUGUAAGGCUGGGGCCAGGCCCAGCAGUGUUCCCUGUUCCCAUAUGAGGAUACAGUAGCCUGCUGCAGGCCCCCUACGAACACCAGCAUAGUACACCUUUUGGCACUUACUUGAUCAUCCUACUUGUCCUGGCCCCAGACCUGCUGAAGACUGACACCACUAAGGAGCUCAAGUCCCUGAACCGGAAACCUGUGCCAGGACAGGGUUCAGUCCCUUUCUUCUGCUGAGCCAAGGGGCUGAACCUGAAGGCAGUGCAGAGCUCUGAGGCACUGAGCCAGCACCAGCUUUCAGAGAGGGGAUGCUCCCAUCUUUGCCAGACACCCACACUGCCCCAAGGUGGCAGGGUCAAGUCACAGCUUCUUUCGGUACCACACUAGGCAGGUACCUACCUAUGCAGUAAAGCCUCACUUAGCAGGUGCCAGUUGUGCUUUGCCAAACUCUUGGCAGUAGUGAGAGCAACUGCAGGGAUGGACUGGGAAGUGGAGCUGCUGUAUGUCUUGAGGGAGUUCUGGCAGGAUUCAGUCUAGCUCCACCAGAGCUGACUGCUGUCACCCCUGCAGUACACGGGGUGCACCUCCCUAGCUGGCCAGCCCAGGGACCUGGCUAGCCAGAGCCCUGUCAUUCGUCACCCUCAUACUCUCCAGCCUCGCAGUUGCCAUUGCACUGACACUUCCCUGCUGGCCUCCAGCUGCUGCCACAAUUAGGAGCCUGCAUGUUCAAAGAGCACAGGAAGAGCGAUGUGUGCUGCUGCUGCUCCCUGCCCCAGGUGCUCAGCUGUCCAUUGCCUUCCUCCAGGGUAGCCCAGUCUGUUAGCAGGAUGUUAACAGAGCAGUUCCCCCUCUCUCUCUUCAAGCACAUGCACCCUACAGGGUUUUAGCCAACAAUAAAGAGAAGGAUGGUACCAGACUGUGGCUCUCUUGCUACUCUGUGGGAAGGAUGUCAUCCAGUUGCUAAUAGAGGACACGUUGAUCGGUUCAGUGCUCAGAGCAUAAAGGAGAAGCUGUAGAUGUGAUGUGUCUUGACUAUAGUCCAUCUUUUGACACAACCCCCCAUGACGGUCUCAUACACAAACUGGGGAAGUAGGAAAGGACCAUGAGGGCACAGUUAGUCCUGCCGGGUCAGUCCUGGGUGUGGUACAGUAGUUGACUUGAAUAAUACAAGGGAGAGCAUGCUUAUAACGGGGUUGCAAGCACUUUGCAGGACAAGUGUUCAAAACAAUUUUUGAGAAUUGAUCAGAAGUUAAGAUGAAAUUCAGAAAAAUGAAAUUCAUUCAUUUAGGAAGGAAAAAUUAAUUACACACCUACAAAAUGGGAGAUGAUUGGUGAAGUGCUGCAAAGGACCUUGUGGGUUAUAGUAGACCAUGAACAAUAGGAGCCAACAAUGUGGUGCAUCUGUGGAAAAAGUCUUAAUUCUGAAAUGUAUGAACAGGCAUGGGGGUGUAAGACAUGGGAGGUCACUGUCCUACUCCAUACAGCAGUGAUAUAGUCUCAGCUGGAGUACUAUAUCCAUUUCUAGCUGCCACACUUCAGAUAAGCUAUGGGAACAUAGAAAGGGUCCCGAGGAGAGCAAAAAACAAAGGAUUUAGAAACCAGUCUGUGAGGAAAGGUUUAAAAACUGUAUGUGGAGUUAUGGGGGGGGGGGAGACUGAGCAGGACUUGUUACCAGUCUUUGAAUGUGUUAAGAUCUACUGUAAGGCUGUGUCUAGACUGGCUAGUUUUU